AUGGAGCUUUGGAACUCUACCUUGGGAAGUGGCUUCAUCUUGGUUGGAAUCCUGGAUGACAGUGGCUCUCCUGAAAUGCUCUGUGCCACAUUCACAGCCCUGUACAUGUUGGCUAUGAUCAGCAAUGGGAUACUGCUCCUGGUCAUCACCAUGGAUGCCCGGCUCCAUGUGCCCAUGUAUCUUCUGCUCUGGCAGCUUCCUCUUAUGGAUCUACUCCUCACAUCAGUCAUCACUCCUAAGGCUGUUAUAGAUUUUCUGCUUAAAGACAACAGUAUCUCCUUUGGGGGCUGUGCCCUUCAAAUGUUCCUGGAACUGACACUGGGUGGUGCAGAAGACCUUCUUCUGGCCUUUAUGGCCUAUGACAGGUAUGUGGCUAUUUGUCACCCUCUGAACUAUAUGACCUUCAUGAAACCUAGGAUCUGCUGGCUUGGAGUGUUCACAUCAUGGACCCUGGCAUCUCUGAGUGCAGUAGGAUAUACCAUCUACACCAUGCAAUACCCUUUCUGCAAAUCUAGGAAGAUCAGACACCUGUUCUGUGAGAUCCCUCCGUUGCUGAAGCUGGCCUGUGCAGACACCUCCAAAUAUGAGCUCAUGGUUUAUGUGAUGGGUGUGAUCUUCCUACUUCUCCCUCUUGCUGCCAUAUUAGAGACUUGGAAUUUGAUUAUAUAUGUUAAAUGCUCUUUGACACUAUUCUUCAUAAGUAUAUUCUUAUAG